AUGGCAGAAUCCAAGUACUCAGACGCUUUCACCUUCCUGCCGCAAGGCGGCAUCAUACAGGAAUUCAGGAUCGGCGGGCAGAACAUCGUACUCGGCUUCCCGUCAGCGGCAACCUAUAAGGGCAAGACGAGUCCGUUCUUUGGAGAGAAUAUCGGCCGCUAUGCGAACAGAAUCUCAGCGGCCAAGAUCAACGAUCUGAACGGCAAGAGCUAUGAUUUGGUAGCCAACAAUGGACCCAACACGCUGCACGGCGGCGCCGAGGGCUGGGGUAAGAAGGCCUUCGAAGGUCCCACACCAGUCAAUCGCGAUGGUCGCGAAAGCGUCUUGUUCAAGUACGUCAGCAAGGAUGGAGAAGAAGGAUUUCCUGGCACGGUCGAGUUGAAGCUUUGGUACACGCCUUUCGUGGAGAAGGAUGACGGGAAGGAUAAGACCACGUUGGAUAUCGAAUAUGAGGUGGAGCUGGUGGGCGACGAGGUCGAGGAGACUGCCGUCAGCGUCACCAACCACAGCUACUUCAACAUCUCAGGCGGGCCGACGAUUGAAGGAACGCGAGCAAAGGUCCCCAGCAACUUGCACCUCGUGACCGACGAAAACAGCAUCCCUACUGGCGAGAUCAAGCCUUUCCCAGGAAUUCCUGCAAACGAGGAGUUCGUCCUGGGGCCUAAAGAACCAGAUCCAGACCACUGCUUUGUUGUAAAUUCGGAUCCUUCCAGCAUUCCUCUCGACUCUCGCAAGGAGCCAAUCAAGAAGCUUAUAGAGCUGUACCACCCUAACACCAAGAUCCAUUUCGAAGCUCUCAGCACCGAGCCCGCCUUCCAAUUCUACGCUGGUCGCUUCAUCAAUGUGCCCGCGGUGGACGGCGUGCCAGCGCGUGGCCCUCGAAGCGGUCUCUGCAUCGAAGCGAGUCGCUAUGUGAAUGCGAUCAACAACGAAGCGUGGAGACAGCAAGUCGUGCUGAAGAAAGGGCAGACCUGGGGCAGCCGAACGAUCUACAGGGCCUGGGUGGAUGAGGAGUAA